AUGGAAGAAGAAGCUCCGAUUCUGCGACUGGAAAUCCUGCAAGGCCCUCGCCAGGGAGAAACCCUAGAUUUCAACCCAGGAUGCGCCGUUCGAAUUGGACGCGUUGUGAAGGGCAACACCCUCCCCAUCAAGGACCCCGGCAUCUCCUCGAGACACCUCUCCAUUCUCAACGAAUCCGCCAAAUGGAUCAUCCGCGACCUAGACUCUUCAAAUGGCACCGCAUUGGACGCCUCCCAGAUCCCCCCGAACACUCCCUUCCCCCUUCACCACGACUCCACCAUCAAGAUCGGAGAAUUCACCUCCAUCCACGUCAUCUUUCUCCCUCCCCAACAACAGCAACACGCUCUCCCACCUCGAAGAAACCCCUCGCGCCGCGGUCGAACCGUUCCGGCCCCGGUUCCAGUGGCUCCUUCUGAACAGGCUAGGCCACGCGGCCGCCCUAGAGGUAGGAGAGUGGUGGGUAUGGAUAAGGUUCAGGUUCAGAGUGUUGAUGAAAACGAGCUGAAGUCGAACAGAGAACGGAGCGUGGUUAAGGAAUCAAUUUUUGAGAAUUUGAUUCGUGCGGAGAAGGUGGAGGAGGCUUGUGAUGGGAAAGAAAAGGGGAAUUUGAAUGAAGAUGAUGAGAAUUGGCUUGAUUUGAAUAAGAUGACACUUGGUGAGUGGUUUGAUUUUUUGGAAUUUUACUUGCCCAAACAGAUAGUAGAUGAAACCGAGGAGAUGAUUGUUUCAAUGACUCAAAAGGCUGAGAGACUCCGCGAGUACAUUACAGUGAUGCAACAACAUAAUGUCAAGGGGGACUGGACUUAUGCAGAAGCAGAGUUGAAAAGGCGCCUUGGAAAAAACUAUUUAAUUUAUGUUAGUUCAUCAAAUACUUACACUAAGACAUUCACUGGGAUUGAUGGAGCUGGAAAGCGAUUAGCUGAAGAAGUGAGUGAUCUAGUAAACAGCAUGACAGAAUAUUCCCUGGGAACAAGUUUUUCCAGAGGAGGGUUAAUUGCUGGGUUGGAGCCAAUCAAUUUUAUAACUUUAGCAACUCCACAUCUUGGUGUAAGAGGAAAGAAGCAGCAAGAAGCAAUGGUGACAGAACAAGGAAUUGGUUUUGCCUGUAUUAAGGAUGUUCAAAUGAAUCUACUGCAAAGUGUGGAAAGGCAAUAUCUGGCCAAGUUGAAAUCCCGGAAUGAUGUUACAAAAACAAGAAUCGAAAAUUUAAGUCAAAUGAGCAGCUCUUCUGUUCCUGUGUUAUGCCUAGAAAUAUCAAAAAUUGAAGAUUUCCGUCUUGAGAUUGAACAAGAAGUUAUAUUAAGCUUGUUUGAGUUUUUCACAAAUGUCUGUUCAGGGCUGCAAUAUGGAAUCACGCCAUCUCCAGUUCAUUAUGAUGGAGCAUCACUAGAGAAUUCAUCCUCAUUUGUUCAAACUAGUGAGAAAUUCAGAUUAAGUGCUGACCAGUGUCCUCCAAGAAUUGCUCCCAUGUUCAAUGGAAAACCUAAACGGGUUGCCACUUUGCCUUCCAUUGUUCCAAUUGGAACCCCAUGGCAGGAAAUCUAUCUGUUGGCCAGAACCCAGAAGAAAAUUUCUUCUAUGAUAUUUUGGAGUGGUGCAAAAGUUGUUGGAUGA